GUGCCUGGUUGAUUUUCGCAUCACAUGCAACGGCCAACUGGGUAGGAAUAAUAAUCGUAAAUCUUCACUUUCAUACUGUUUGGAAUUCCAACGCAAUUGGUAGAAAAUAUUUAUUACUUCACUUGGCCGGAUGGGGGGGGCCUCUGGUUCUUACAAUCAUCGCGUUGGCUACAAGGGCUGUUAUGUAUCAAUUUGCAACUUUGUGUUUGGUUGAACAAUCAAAGGCAAACCUCAUAUUCUUCUAUCCAUUGGCAGCAGUCGUGGUUCCUAGUUUCUUUAUACAUAUGGCCACGUUUUUCCAUAUUGCAAAGAUCUCUAGAGAAGAUUAUAAGAGAAAAUCCGGUGAAACUUCUUUUUCCGAUAUCGCAUCUCACAAACGACACGUAAUUCAAGUUUUAAAAAUUCAAUGGCGAGCACUUUUAUUAGCCUUAUUACUCCUCUUAACGGUGAUAUUUUAUUGGAUCUUUUAUUUCUUCGAAUUGGGAGACUUAUCAAGAGGUCCAUCUAGACAAGAUUUUCUUGGCGAAUGGUUAACGUGUAUUCAACAAGAUCUAGGUCAAGAUGAAUGUUCUAAAAUCGCAGCAAAAUACAUGCCACCUUUCUGGUUAAUAAUUGCCGCGGAAAUGUCAACAAGUCUUAUUGGAGUUGAGCUGUUUUGUAUCUUCACGAAUAUAUCGCUCUGGAAAGAAUGGCAACAAUGGGUGAAGGAAACUUUUAUAGCAAGAAGAAAGAUCGAAUUUGGAUUACUAUGUGCAAUUAAAGUCUUCACUGAAGUCUUUAUUGAAGUCUUUACUGAAAUAUUUACUGGAGUUUUUAUUGAAGAGAA